AUGCCGUCUGGACGGACGGGCCGGGGCCGGGGCCGGGCCGGGCCUGGAGCUACACGACGAGGCCUCAUUAAUAUAUGGCUCACUAUGACAGUUACCGACGGACCGGGCUCUGCUAUUAGUCUAGUGAUUACUGACGAAACACAUGCCUUGUUUCUCUACACUCAGCCCGGAGGUCGCUCGUCUUGUAUGACCCUCAACGGAUAA